AUGUCUGCGUCGUUAAAGUAUGACGUCGAGGAUUCUAAUAUCGCGCUUUCAGGCUCCGAUCUUGAAAGGCGCGUCCGCGAACAUGCUGAGGCCAAGGAAUCAGCCUGGGCGAAAGCUGGUGUCGAGCCUGGUCUUCAGAUCUGGAGAAUAGAGAAGUUUAGUGUCGUCGAUUACAGCGACUUGAUGGCGUUUCCCAAGAAAUAUGGGACAUUCUAUGAUGGCCAUUCAUAUAUUGUCUUGCAUACGUACAAGCCUGAUGCCAAAGCCCCGACGCUCCGCUACGAUCUGCAUUUUUGGCUAGGGGAGCAUACAACUCGGGAUGAUGCAGCCACGGCUGCUUAUAAGACCGCCGAGCUCGGUGAUCACCUCGGAGGCAAAGCAACCCAAUACCGCGAAAUCCAAUACCACGAAUCACCUCGAUUGAAAUCAUACUUCCCUCUCUUCAUGACCUUGCAUGGCGACGCCAAGAAGAUGUACACGAUGGGCACGACGCGUGGCAAGCUUAUCGUGCGCGAAGUACCUAUGGAGGGGUUGGUUAUGCGCCAGGGAGUUGUAUACGUGCUUGAUAAAGGUCCCCUUUACUGGCAGUUCAACACGAAGAAGAGUACUGCUUGGACGAGAUAUAAAUCAGCUGAAUAUAUGAUGUAUUUGGGACAGUGGAGAGUUCCUCAAUCAGCAUUUCAAGUGUUUGACGAGGGGACUGCGGACCAAGACGAUUUCCUGCAAGCGGCAGGAAUCACUGCUCCUGUAAUGGACGUACCGUUACCGCCUGACAAGGGGACUCCGAUUGAUCCUCCAGUAUUGCACCAACUGCUCGGAGAUAUCAACGGCUGGCAGCUCGCCACCGUCGCUGCACAGAGUUCUUCUCUUCAACCUGACGGUGUUUAUAUCCUGGACGAUCAUGCAUGCCCGACAUUCCCUGCGGUUUAUACAUGGCUGGGGAAGAAUGUACCAGAGCCCCGACGGAAACUCGCGCUGCAGUACGCUCAAAAUUACCUUCAUGAGAAACGCACCAAGGAAGGAGAGCGUAUUCAAGUAGCAACUACUAUAGUGAAGGUUAACCAAGAGACGGAGCCAGCUUCGUUCUUGGAGGCAUUUAAUCCGAGAACCCUCUCAUGA